CCGCUUCUCUAUACUUUUCUGUUUUGUGGCACUCAAAUUGUCAGAACCGUCACCCCAGGUUAAAAAAUUAAUAUUAAAAAUUCCUGUUAUUUAUUAAACAAACUGUUUAAUUUUUUCGGGCACAUAAUAUGUAAAUAAUAAAAACAUAUGAAAUCCUAUAAGUACAAGAUAUCAAGUGGCUACUACAUUUUAUUUUGCAAUGAACACUACCUCAUUAGAUAAAGUAAAGGUUGAAAUCCAUGCCACCCACCUUCAUUGUUCCAAAGAUGCCUUGACUGAUAAUUUUGGAUGGUUUUUGCAAGUCUUACUGGCCUCUUUGGCUUUUACAUGUCUUAUUGCAAAAAGAUUUUGUGAGCCUCGUAUACACAGAAGAUCAUGGCAGAUUUGGUUCUAUGACACAUCAAAACAAGGCAUGGGGGCGAUGGCUAUUCAUUUAGCCAAUGUUUGGCUCGCAGGACAAUACCAAGGAGAUCCAUGCACUUGGUAUUUAAUCAAUUUUCUCUUAGAUUCUUCUUUGGGCCUAUUAAUAAUUUUCAUAGGCAUAAAAACCUGUCAAUGGUUGUCAAAACGAGGAAAUGGAUGGGAAGCGAUUAAUUUUGGGGAAUACGGCAAACCGCCCCAAGUGAACGCGUGGCUAACGCAAUGCUGUUUGUAUGUAGGCCUUAUGAUGAUAGUUAAAGUGUCUAUAACACUAUUUAUGCAACUGGACUUUUGGGAAAACGUCAAGGAUUUCAUACUAACCCCCAUCAAUAAUCCUAAAGUUGAGCUGGCGUUCGUUAUGCUCAUUAUUCCAUUUUUUGUUAACAUGUUAAUGUUUUGGGUAACAGACAAUUUCCUGAUGUAUCGGGAUCCGGCGACGGUAGCAGCGGAGAGACAGUGGAGGCGAAGGCGGGACAGUUGCGAAGUAGGUCUUUUACAGAAGGUUAAAAUUAAGUAUAGGGACCAUGUGGCGCGCAGAUUAUCAGUAACGACGCCGACACUGAUUGGCAGCAGAAAAAAGAAAAAAUGCGAGGAAGCUAGUAGUGAAAGCGAUGUCCUUUUGUCUGCCGAUGACGAUCUUAUAGAUGCGGAGAACGUGGCCAUAGUUAGGACAGGAUCGACGUGUAUCGUUCACACCUAAAGGAAUAAAAAUGCUCAGGAUCCGAUUACUUAAUAAUUCGAACGAUAAUAUUUCUUUUCCUUCUUGUACCAAAGGUUUUAAAGAAUUCUUUAGAAUGUUGUACCAAAAUCGACUAUAGCUAGAAACAAAAAUUUGAUGUUUAAAAUUUCGAGAUUAACAAUAAUUAAGCAUAUUAAAUUCUAUAUUUUUAUAAUUCUAGGCUGUUGACUUUUAAGUGGCAUUUUACUUAGAAUAUUUUAAAGUUAUUAUUUUUUUAAAUGAUUUAUUUAUAAUGUAAAUUAAGCUGUAUCUCCAAGACUUGUUCAAUCUAUCUCACACAGAGAGUGAGAAACGGAGUUUUUCGUAAAGUCAGUUCAAGUUCAAAAGUGUUUAUACUGUACUAAACUUGUACAGGGUUGUUUCUCAGCCAUAAGUUCUAACUAUGUAUAUAAGGACGUCAAAACUCAUGCAAUAUAUUCAAUAUUUGCUUAAAAAUCUGGUUACUCAUAAUGUUAUUCUAUCUAGAAUGAUCAACUUUAAUUGGUAGUAAAAUAUAACUGUAGUAACCAAGCAGUACUGUUUCCAAAAGUAUACAAAAGUUACACAAGCGUUAUGAACGAUCUGACUUUCAAUGUUUGUGCUGGCCUUUAUGCAAUAAUCGGCAGUUUGUGGUACCAUUUGGUGCCUAAGUUCCCAUUUGAGCUAAUAACCAGAAUUGCAGAAUCAUAUGGGAACGAAUUAUAUGGUACUCCAAUUACUAACGUAAUCCUUUAAGGAGUUUCGUGUGGCUUUGAUAUUUUAUCCAAGAACUUCUCAGGCUAUUUUAAAGAUCAUUCGUGAGCGCCAAUUUCGGUAUUGUAUUUGGGAAUGAUACAAGUUAAAUACAACGUCACGUUUAUUGGCUACAUUCAUGUUGGUUUUACACAUAUAUUUCAGCAUUCUGGAAGAUCUUACUUUAAAUGUAUUUUUGGUGGUCACAGAGCUGAGUCAUCUUGUUAAAUGUAUUUUAUGGUAUCUUAAUUCUCAGCUUGUCAGUUACAGCUUUAUAUCUAUAAGUGCUCUUCACAAUCAUAUUUUUUUACUGCACAAUCUUUCUCUCGUAAUGUAGAGUAAAUAAGUCAGUUAAUAAAACUGAAUCUUGUUUGUCCCAACAUUCCUACAUUAUUAUGUCUUUUUCAAGGUUAGAAGUGUUCUCCAGUAAUAAGGUGUUUUAGUUAUAAAAAACACAUAAGAUAGUCACAAUAGGUACAGAAACAUCGCUCUUUUUAUACAAACACCUUACCGUGUAAUGUGUUUUGUAACUAAAACCCUUGAAAAAUAGAUACUAAAUGUUGAAACACUAGGGAAACUAAGAAGAGUUUUUUUUAGAAGCAAAAUUAUGAAUAAAUUUUCAUUUGCUGUAGUCAAUAUAUAAUCUAGCUGAUAGACAAACGUAAGUCAAAAAUUGCCAAAUCUGAUAAUCUACUGAUAAUUUGUAAUUGUAAAAGAUGAUGAUAUUUAUUGAGAAAUCCUAAAAAUUAAAUACUACUAGGAUAUCCUAUGCUGUUUCACUUGCAGGCCACUCAAGGUAUAUUUGUUUAAAACUUGGAAGUAUUAAAUGCCCCAGAUCACUUUUCUAUUUCUUUGAUAUUACUAGUCUUUGUGAACAACAUUUUUUGGUACCAUAAUACCAAAGUUGUUCCACGCCUAGAAAUACAAAAUCAUUACAUUACAGUGGAAGCACAUGAAAGAUUGAAGUGCUGUAGGUCUACGUGGACCAUUUAUUUGAUAAAAUUAGCAGUACAGCCCAGAUAAGGGAGUAGUAGAAGUUAAAGUAACAUGUGCUGCUUUUAAGUUUUGACGUCCUUAUAUAAAACAUCCUCUAUUCUUGUUGUAUAAAAAUGUGGCCAAAUAGGCAAUGAAUUCUGAUUACAAACAUGUGACCAUGUUCAUUGUUGUGAUUGAUUCGAGUUGUUACCGUUCAUAAUCAAAGUGAUAUUAUUAGAAUAAUAUAUUAAAUAAUCUGAUAUAAGGGCGUAGUUUAGGAUUACUAUAUUAGCGAAUACUCUAGAUUUUACUGACGCUAGUGUAUAUAAAUAAGGCUAGCGAUUUUAUGCAUUGUUAGAUAGACUUUUCAUAUUUGAUAAGAGAUCUUUUAUAGCCUAAAUAAUGUUAAGCUGCUGUGUUCAUCCGCAUUGCUCAUUUAUAUACAUGGUGUCUAAUUUUAGACUAAGUUAAAUAUUUAAAUAAUAUUUUUUGUCAUUAAUGGAAUGCAUUUUUUAGUUUCUAAAUUAUUUCUCUUGCAUAACAACUUAAAAUAAUGUGACUAUAAAAUUCGGAGUUGAGUAUUUUUUUUUUAAAUGUAGGAAACAUAUGUUACAUUAAGCAAUGUUUUUAGGCCCUAUUGAAAAAGGUGAGCCUAUAUAUAUUGACUCAAUAGGAAACGAAUAUCAUCACUAUAAUUAUUUAUCAUUACUCUAGAAAUAAAUAAAAUAUAUUUUUGCUAAACAUA